AUGUCAUCGACUACUACCGACAAAGGAACGGGUGCUCAUUUUGAGCGCUUGGCAUCGAAAUACCAAGUGACGUUUGCGCGUUUUCUACGUCGUCACUAUCGCUCUGAGCUGCAGCAAUUGUAUCAACGUCUGUGUCUUGUGUCAAAGCCCUUGACUGCUCUGAAUUCAUCGCCAGAGUCGAAUCUCUUUGUCUAUAGUCAACGCGUAUGUGCACAGCGUCUGCUCGACUUCAAUGUCCAGCUCGGAACGCUUUUGUUCCGUCACCCUGAACAGCUUCUACCUCUGUUUCAUAUGGCACUAGCCAACGAGGUCAGUCGCAAUGCUAGUGACAAACCACUGGACGGUGACGGCCUGCCAUCCAUUCCACUUAAACUUAGACGCAAACUCAAGGUGCGGGUUGAGAAUUUGCCCCCCGUAGCACCACUUCGAAAGCACGCUAUCAGUGCAAUCAGGUCCAACGAUGUAAAGCAGCUCAUUCAGAUUGCAGGCACGGUGGUACGCACAGGAGUGAUUAAGAUGCAGGAGACGGAGAGAGAGUACCAGUGCUGCAAUGUGCGGUGUGGACACCGGUUCUUGGUCAAGUCGGACCCAGAGCAGGGCAACGUGCUGGAGAUUCCAAAAGUUUGUCCGUCGGAUAGUACUGGAGACACGAGCAGUGGCGGUAAGAAGCCAUGCAAGUCGAUGCAGUUCAUGCCUCUUGGUGGAGCUGAGGGCAGUGUGGUAUCGGACCACCAGGUGAUUAAGAUCCAGGAGCAGGCAUCCAAGUUAGGCGUUGGCUCCAUUCCAAGGUCGAUGCUGGUUGUACUGGAGGACGAUCUGGUAGACUCCGUGAAGGCUGGAGAUCAGGUCGUGGUGGUGGGCAUCCUAAUGCGCACAUGGAAACCUUGUGUGAGAGGAGUACGCUGCGACCUGGAGACGACAAUCAAAGCUAACAGCAUUCGCAUUAAGAAUGCGUCGACAUCGCAUGUCCUCGUUACUGAAGAGUUGCGAGCAGAGUUUGCACACUUUUGGGCAAAACACCGACAACAUCCAGUGCGAGGACGCAACGAAAUCGUCGCAAGCAUUUGUCCGAAAGUUUACGGGCUGUUUAUUGUUAAACUUGCGGUGGCGCUUACAGUGAUCGGCGGAGUCUCGUACGUCGAUGACACUGGCAUGAAGACGCGUGGCGAACCACACAUGCUCUUGGUCGGCGAUCCUGGUACAGGGAAAUCUCAGUUUCUCCGUUUUACGGCCGAGCUCAGCCCCCGCUCGGUUCUUACAACGGGUAUUGGCACGACAAGCGCUGGGCUGACCUGUACAGCAGUCAAGGAUGGCGGCGAGUGGAUGCUGGAAGCUGGUGCCUUGGUGUUAGCAGAUCGCGGCGUGUGUUGCAUCGACGAGUUUAGUAGCAUUCGCAAUAACGAUCGUACGUCGAUCCAUGAAGCCAUGGAGCAGCAGACACUGAGCGUGGCAAAGGCUGGUCUAGUGUGCAAAUUGAAUGCACGAACCACAAUCUUUGCCGUGACGAACCCAAAGGGCCGAUAUGACCCGACGAAAGACGUGUCUCUAAACACGAGCAUCGCUAGCCCUUUACUUAGUCGGUUUGACCUCAUUCUCGUGCUGCUGGAUCGCAUGAACCCGCGUUGGGACAAUGUCGUCUCCUCUUUCAUCCUCAAACAGGCCGUUGGGACGAAUACCAGUGUAAAAGAAGAAGCUGAAUACCAUGAGAACGAGUCAGCGUUCAAGUCAGUGGAUAGACAAGAGCCACGAUCGUCGGCACCGGAGGAAGGUCCAUCGGUGUGGAGUAUCCAAACACUGCAAGCAUAUAUCUGUUACGUAAAGGAUAAGUAUGAGCCCCAACUGAGUCGUGCGGCAAUGACAAUACUCCAGCGUUAUUACCAGCGACAGCGGGCAUCUGAUAGUCGUAGUGCAGCUCGCACAACAAUUCGACUUCUGGAGAGCCUCACGAGACUCGCACAGGCCCAUGCAAGACUGAUGUGCCACUCCGAAGUAGCUGUCAUGGAUGCCGUCGUUGCCGUCUUUGUCAUGGAAGUGAGCAAGUCCACAGAUAAUUGCUCCGAUAUGCUGGAGGGAGGCGUCGAGUCGGUCUUGCACUCUAACUUUUCUGAAAAUCCACAGGAAGAGUAUCUGCUCCAAGAAAAACUUGUUCUGGACUAUCUGAUGCUGCAAGAAUUUAGCACAGCAGACGAUAGCCAAUCCGACUUCGCAGCGUCCGAACCACCUACCAGUUCACAGAACCAUCCAUUGCAACAACAACCCGAUCCCGUUACUAGGUACCCUCUCGCCACCGACAAAUAUCAAAAGGCUGACGUCAAAGACGAAUUUGCUGGUGAUGUGUGUUUUCCCGGGAAUAAAGAACAACAAGUGCCCGUCGCAAGCAGACCAUGGUAUGGAAACCAACAGCAGAAUGGAGGUACCCAUUCUGACCGAAAACAACGGCACGAGAGUUCUUCAUUGCAAAGUGUUCCGUGGAGUCAGCGACAGCACUCACUCACUCCGGCGCCAAUUUCUCAAAGCAAAGUCAAUGGUGACGAAGACUUGGAUAUCAUGGACGACUAUCGUCGUGGUCUGUGCAGUCAAAACCGAAAAGAGGACUCUGACGCGCCGUCGGAGACGCGUUUUGAUUUUGGUCGCUGGAGUCAACAAGCCAAGGCAAGUCAUGAGUCGAUUAUCAGCAAGUGGAAAAAGUAA